AUGACGGGGAGAAAGUACACGUUUUGCAAAGGUUCUAGACAAAAUGCAAAACUUAGUAAGAUUGACCGGUUUCUUGUUUGUAAAAAGUUUGUAGAUCUUUCGUCUGAUGCGUGUUGUACGACGCUUCCCCGAUAUCUUUCAAAUCACUCGCCAAUUAUUUUGGCCACUAACCCGAUGGAUUUUGGGCCAAUCCAAUUUUGUUUUUUAAUUCAUGGAUGGACAAAAAAGGGUCUGGAGGAGGUGACUAAAGAUGCAAAUGAUCGUUUUGUGCCAAGCGAGUCUGCUUUGGUUCAACUAGUGCAAAAAUUAAAAAUUUUCAAGGAAAAGGUCAAACUGUGGGUUAAGGACACCAUAUUUAAAGAAAGCGAAGUGAAGCAAAGUUUGAUAUCUAAUUUGUUCCACAUGGAAGAGAUUAUCGAGGAAAUGGAAUUGAAUGAAGAAGAGGCGUGGGUAUAUUAUGAAUGUAAGUCGGGUUUAAUGGAAUUAGAGGCUCAUAUAUCAAGGGACUUAAGGAAAAAAUCUAGAAGUAAGUGGGCAUCUUUUGGGGAUGACAACUCAAAAUACUUCCAUGGUAUUAUAAGAAAGGAGAUUAGAAGCGGAUUGCAUGGUAUGGAGGUUAAUGGUGUAUGGUGCGAUAAUCCAAAGAUUACUAAAAAGGAAGCUUUGAAAUUCUUUGCUAGCCGUUUCAAAGAAGAGAAGAAGAUAAGACCACAAUUGAAAUGCUACAACAUUAAAUGA